GCGACGGGACGAGUUGGGCCGGGCCGGGCGAGCGAGCGAGCAGGGCUGGACUGGCCCCGUGAUUUAGAAAUGGCUCCAGGGAGCCCGCGGUGAGCAGCCCGGAGACGUCGUUACCCUGGAGGGGACGUGACCUCUGCCACAAUGUUUAGGAGGAUUUUACAGAGGACUCCAGGCAGAGUUGGGUCUCAGAGCUCUGACUCUGAUUCAUCUGCAGUCCCUGGAAAUGCAGUGGAUGUCAACAAUGAGAGCUCUUCAGAGGGAUUUAUUUGUCCCCUUUGUAUGAAAUCCCAUGGAUCAGCUGAAGAACUUUUCAAACACUAUGAAGCAGUUCAUGACUCUGGUAUUGAUACAAGUCAUGGAGGAGAAUCUAACAUGUCUCCAACAAGAGAUGACGUAACACUACUGCGACAAGAAGUUCAAGACUUGCAAGCUUCACUUAAGGAGGAGCGAUGGUACUCCGAAGAGCUGAAGAAAGAAUUAGAAAAAGUUCAAGGGCAGAGGCAGCAAGAGUCUAAGCCUGAUGGAUUGGCAUCUGCUGCAUCUACAGAAUUAGAAUCAUUAGAACAUCAGCUAGAAGAGAGCCAAUUAGAGAAGUUUAAUAUUAAGCAGAUGAAAGACUUGUUUGAACAGAAAGCAGCACAACUUGCAACUGAAAUUGUGGAUCUUAAAGCCAAAUACGAUGAAGAAACAAGCCUUCGGGAAGCUGCAGAACAGAAAGUGGCUAAUUUGACACAAGAGCUACAGAAGGAAAGAGGUGUAUGCGGAGAUUUAAAAACAGAGCUGCUUCAGAGGCCUGGUGUUGAAGAUGUUGCUGUUCUAAAGAAGGAAUUAGUCCAAGUUCAAAUGCUGAUGGACAAGAUGACUUUGGAGUGUGAGAGAGAAUCUGAGAAACUGAAAGAUGAGUGCAAUCACUUGCAAGCAGAAUGUACAACCUCAGAGGCUACCAUUAAACAGCUAAGAGCUGAACUUGCCAAAGGACCACAGGAGGUUGCUGUAUAUGUACAGAACCUUCAAAAACUUCAAACUUCAGUUAAUGAGUUAACACAGAAAAAUCAGAGUCUAGCAGAAAAAUUGAAAAAGAAAGAGUUGGAUUACACUCGUUUAGAAGAAAGGCAAACGGAAGAAUCAUUAAGUAAAAAGAAUCUGCAAGCAACCCUUAAUCAAAAAGACUUGGACUGUCAACAGCUUCAGGCGAGGCUAUCUGCAUCUGAGGACUCAUUACAGAGGUUACAGAAAGAAUUAGGUGAAAGAGGAGAGGCAAGUCAGAAACUUAAGGAAGAAUUGUCAGAAGCUGAGACCAAAUACCAGCAUCUUAAAGCAGAGUUCAAACAGCUACAGCAACAAAGGGAGGAAAAAGAACAGCAUAACCUGCAACUUCAAAAUGAGCUCAAUCAGUUGCACAAUAAACUUCUGGAGACAGAGCGCCAACUUGGGGAAGCACACGGCCGGCUAAAAGAGCAGAGACAGCUGUCUAGUGAAAAGCUGAUGGACAAGGAACAGCAGGUGGCUGACCUUCAGCUAAAACUUUCACGUGCUGAGGAGCAGCUAAAGGAGAAAGCAGGAAAUGCAACUGAAUUGCAGCAUCAGUUAGAUAAAAUGAAACAGCAGCACCAGGAACAACAGAAUCUUCAGCAAAGUACAACAGCAAAGCUGAGAGAAGCCCAGAAUGAUUUGGAGCAAGUAUUACGUCAGAUUGGUGAUAAGGAUCAAAAAAUUCAAAAUCUUGAAGCCCUGCUACAAAAGAGUAAGGAGAAUAUCUCCCUACUAGAAAAGGAAAGGGAAGACUUGUAUGCCAAAAUUCAAGCUGGUGAAGGAGAAACAGCGGUUCUUAACCAGCUACAGGAGAAGAACCACACUUUGCAGGAACAGGUAACGCAGCUGACAGAAAAAUUGAAAAAUCAGUCAGAAAGCCAUAAACAGGCUCUAGAGAAUUUGCACGAGCAGGUGCAGGAACAGAAGGCACAUUUAAGAGCCUCUCAAGACCGUGUUCUCUCCUUAGAAGCAACUAUAAAUGAACUCAGUAGUCAGCUAAGUGAAAGCAAAGAGAAAGUGAUGCAACUUGAUUUGCAGGUAAAAGCAAAGACUGAAUUGCUUCUGUCAGCGGAAGCAGCAAAAGCUGCUCAAAGAGCAGACCUUCAGAAUCAUUUGGACACUGCCCAGAAUGCAUUACAAGAUAAACAGCAGGAGCUAAAUAAGGUCAGUACACAGUUGGAUCAGGUUACUGCUAAGCUGCAUGACAAGCAGGAAUACUGUACCCAGCUGGAAGCCAAUCUUAAAGAGUACAAAGAAAAACAUCUUCAUUUAGAGCAAAAAACUGAAGAGCUGGAAGGUUACCAGAAGAAACUUGAAGCCGACAUUGUUGAAAUUGUGGGAAGUAAAGAAAAGACACUUCAGGAGCUGAAGCAGCAAAGACAACAAUGUACAGACUUAAGUCUAAAAGCUGCAGAACUGACCAAACAACUAGAUGCGGAAAGAGACAUAGUAUCUAGUACUAAAGUAGACCUACAAAAGAAAUGUGAUACUUUAGAAGAAGCAAACCAACAGAUAUUGAAGCAAGAGGAAGAAAAUGCAAGAUUGCAAUUGGAGGUUGAGAAAUUGCGCCAAGAUGCGGACAAACACCACAAGGAACUAGAUGGAAGGCUGCAAGCAGUGACAGAGGAUUUGAAGAAAAUGAAGUUGGAAAAAGAUACUCUCUUAAAAGAACUUGAAGUCAUCAAAGACAAAUUGUCAAAAAGUACUGAAUCUUUGAAAGAAACAAAGGAUGAAUUGGAAAAGGAGAAACAAAAAGGAAAGGCAGCGGUGGCAGAAAUAGAGAAAUCUUGUCAAGAAGCUAGACGUCAACUUCAGCUACAAUCGGAAUCUAUAGCUAAAGAACAGAAUGAAUUGAAAAACUUGCUGGAAAAACAGGAAGGGAUCUCCAAGCAGCUGGCAACAGAGCUUGAUUCAGCACGUGCACAAGUCCUGCAGAUUCAAGGAGUUCUGAAAGAAAAAGAAAAGAAUGAACAGCAGUUGCAGCUGAAGGUGAAGGAACUGAAGGAAUCUUUUGACCAAAAGAAAAAACAAAAUGAAACACAGCAAGCUGAAUUAAAAACAGCCCUCUUAGAAAAGGCAGAACUAGAGAAUAAACUUCAGCAGCAGAUAACAUUGUCAGCACAAGAGCUUACAGCAGAGAGAGAAAAGAUAACAGAGCUACAGAAGACCCAUAAAAAUACCCAAGAAAAUAUGGAAAAACUUCAGCUGGAUUUUUAUGGUAAAGAAUCUGAGCUCUUGGCUACACGACAAGAUGUUAAGUCCACAGAGGAAAAGCUUGCUUUGGCUCAAGAGGAAUUGGUUUCAAACAGAAAUCAAAUUAGUAAUCACAAUCAGUUGAUCAAAGAACUUAAGACUGUAAGAUCUACACUAGAGCAAGAAGUGUCUAAAAAAGGGCAGCAGCUGAAAGAGCAAGAAAAACUCUUACAGGAAAUACAAAAAGAUAAGGAUUUAAAAGAAAAAGACUUGGCUAAUGAAAAAUCAAAAACAACAGAACUCCAGAAUAUAAGCAGCAAACAGGAAAAAGAAAAUGCCAAACUGAGGGAAGAAGCUAGAAUCUGCAAACAAGAGUUUGAGAAGGAGAUAAUAAAUCUAAAGGAUGCCAAGGAACUAUUGAUUAGACAGAAGCUAGAAUUACAGGGAAAAGUUGAUAGCAUUAAUAUGGCUCUUGAACAAGAGAAGAAGAAACAGGAAGUUAUCAAAGAUCAGUUGAAAAAGAGAGAAGAAGAACUGAAGAAAAGAUGUGCUGAGAUUGAAGCAAAACUGAAAGCUGAGGUCAAGGAGAAAGAUGAGCAAUAUAAAAGUCAUGAGGAGGCCGAGGAUAAACUCAAACUGCAGAUCACAGCUUUGAAUGAAAAUCUGGGUACAGUGAAGAAAGAGUGGCAAAGCAGCCAAAGAAGGGUUAGUGAACUAGAAAAGCAAACAGAUGAUCUACGUGGAGAGAUUGCAGUAUUGGAAGCCACAGUACAAAAUAACCAGGAUGAGAGGAGAGUGUUGCUGGAAAGGUGCCUUAAAAGUGAAGGGGAAAUUGAAAAGCUUCAAAGCAAAUUGAUGGAUUCGCGAAGAAAACUGGAUGAUACUACUGCAGCCAUGCAAGAGCUAGGCAGAGAGAACCAGUCACUACAGAUCAAACAUACACAAGCUCUAAAUAGGAAAUGGGCUGAAGACAAUGAAGUUCAGAAUUGCAUGGCCUGUGGAAAAGGUUUUUCUGUAACAGUAAGAAGGCAUCACUGCAGGCAGUGUGGAAAUAUCUUCUGUGCUGAGUGCUCAUCAAGGAAUGCCUUAACUCCUUCCUCUAAGAAACCUGUACGUGUCUGUGAUACUUGCUUCAACGACCUGCAAGGAUAAUUAUUCACGGCUCUUAAAUGUUAUGCUAGAAUAAAGUUUCUGUUAUGCACUUCGUACAACACUCAGACUACUGUUUGGUUUGGGCUAUGAUUGUAACAAUUGGCAAAAUUAUAGUAUAGUUAAAAAUAUACUUUACUGAUAAAGUCAAAGAAAUGUACCUGUUGUGAGGCUGAAGUUAUCUAUGGCUUAUUUGGUCUUGAUCCUACCAGAGCUUCUGUGUUGAGUUUAUAAGUCUCCAGUAACUUGUAAAUAAAGUUUAAACAAAGGAGUAACAAUGUAUUUUUUUAAUCCUAAUUUGUUUGUUCAGAAGUAACACCUUUUAAAGUAAACAUAUUUGCAGGGAUUUUGUGUAUCCAAUAUUGCUGCUGUAAUGGCAUAGUUACAAUUUAAUGGCUGCAUUGGAGUGUGUAAACAAGCCACUUUUUGCCAAUUUCUCCCCCCACCCUCUCACUAUGAGUGCCACUUCUAUGGUGUGCACCCGUUUAGUGGAAAACUGCCUUGAGCUUUUAAAAAUUUCAGGCUGUUUCAUUAUAGUAUAACUAUAUAUACUUGACUGAAAAUGAAAAGCUAUGUCAAGACUAUAGUGUAUAUUUGACAUCUCUUCUAACAAUACUCUGCAUCGUAUCUUAACUAGCACUUUGGUAGGCUACACCAUCCUUAAUAUGCAAGUUCCUAGUUGUAAGCAUUUGAGGUAGGGCUGUAUUUUUUGCCUCUCCCUCUGAGCCCUUAUGCUCAUUUACAUUUGUUUUGUACUCCAAAAAUAUUUUGUUCUGUUCUCAGAAGAAACAUUGGAGAAAAGAACCAGGAAAAUAUAAUAGGAAGUGCUGGACUUCAGAAAUAAUUGAGGAAGAAAUUAAUUUGGAAUUCCAGAAUUUUAGUAGGUGUUUUUCUCUCUAAUUUUUCAGUCCUUGCUAGAGGUUUGACUUGUGUCCCUACAGAUUUGGAGUGAAAUCCCAAACUCUGUUAAUGGGACAGCUUUGAAGAUUAGUGGAGUCUCUCUUGCUUUACUUGAACUAGUUGAAGGUACAUCACAGUCAUGUGUUUUACAGUACAAUGGUGUCAUAUUUUGUCCCAACUGUAAAGUUGGCUGAAAUUACUAUUUUGAAUUAAACCUUUGGGUUUAGGCAGCAGAUGACAUCUUCCAAUUUCAUAUUGCUAUACCCUUUCCUCUUUUGAUUGAGAGAGAUGUGGAUAAUCUUUACAUACAUAUUUCUAUGCACACUUUGUGUUGAUACAAAAUAAUAUACUUAUACAAUAUAGGAUUACUAAAAUAAACAGCAAAAAACAAUUAUAGCGGUGCUGGUCCAUGAGUCCAGAAUCUAGGGGGGAAAUCUGCAGUUAGGCAAUGCCUUUAUUAGUAUCCAUCAAAACACCACAAAAGUUUUGCAAGCUUUCUAGUUUUCCAGAACUCUCCAUCAUGCUAUGUGAUACAAGAAGCAGUGGAUGGGGGAAGAAACAAAAUUUCAAAACUUAGGCCAGAUCUUCUGGCUGUGAGAUCUGCAGUAUAGACUCAGUUUCAAGAAUGAAUCACUGUUUUCAGAAAUGGGGCUAGUCCUUGCUUCUUUGUCCCAAAAUGCUAGGUGUUACCUGAUAUUCGUAACACCUACCAGUGAGUCAUUGAGUUUGCACUCACCAUUUUGAAACUGAAUCUUUUUCCCCCCUGGAUAAAAUAUAUAGUGACAUUUAAAGCUAAAACUUUCUAUAUCUGUGGUCUGUUUUUAAAAUUCCAUGAAGUUUUCACUGACCUAUAAGAAUCAGAAAUAAUUCCUGCAAGCAAAAAUGUUGCAGAUUGAUAAACUGGAGUACAGACUUAGGGAGAAAGGGAGAAACAUCUCUGUAACUUGGUAGUAAAGCAUGUGCUUUGCAUGCAGUAGGUCCCAAGUUCGAUCCCUCAUUCCUCUAGAUAAAAAAGGAUAAAAUGGUUUCAAGGUACUAGAAGUAGCAAGGACCUGGAACCUUGGAGAGUAGGCAGUUCUGGGCUAGACAGUUGCGGGCUAGUGUUGGCCUGUGUUGAUAUAAAGUAGCUUUAUCUGUUAAAAAACAUCCAGAUGGUAAAGUACAAAUAUAAUGUGUGGAAAUUUCCAAUCUCCUGACUCAGGUAUGCAUGCUUUGUAUACCAGAUUUACAUUUAACAAUUCAUUUAUUACUUCUUCAGCGUUUUCCUCCAUUAUUUCUCUCUUUAGGACUAAAGGUAGAGAAAAGUAGUGUCCAAAGCAUCCAAGAAGAUAAUUGGCAAUUAUUAGGGCUGUCAUCUGAUUUUAAAAAUCUUAAUCAUUUGAAUUUAAAUCAAUUUAAUCUGCAUAGAUUUGCAUAGAAAUAAACUAGUACUGAAGAAAAACAUACUUUGUUUUUAGAUGAUUCCCGCAUACAUCGUAGAAGGAAUCAUCUUAGGACAAUCAUUCCCUCCUGUGGAAAUACCUCUUCUAAAAUGGCAUGUGUCACCUACAGUUGGGUUGGGACCAGAUUUAAGCUGGAUCAACUGCACUGGUGGAAGUGGAAUUCCCUGCCCCCUCCUUCCCACAGCAGCUCCUCCACCCCCAUGAAAAUGCUACAUGCAGAGUCAGGAGACCCUCCUGAAUGGGGUUAGCUGUGAUGGGGGAAUCCUAAAAAAAAAAUCAAGCAGAGGGACCUACCACUAGCAGAGCCCUUUCUCUUGUGGAAGGUAAAUCCUGGAUUCAACCCUUUAACUAUUUGUAUUCAAAGGAAUUUUAAAAAGCAAACCACCUAUUCCCCAAAUUAACUGGAUUUUUAAAUAGAUUAAAGUGGUUUAAACUAAUUUAGUUGGUUGAUUACACUUUGUGGCCCUAGAAAUUGCACACAUGUGGAGGCAGAGAAAAAUCCAUCUUGUCCAGAGAAAGAAAAUGAGGUGUUCCUACAGUCUAUAGAGAUUUGAACUACUUCAGUGGAAACUCAAGGAAACCUCAGGAAUGGUAAGAUAAUAGCAUAGUCACUUGCACUACGCACUUUCCCCCCUAGUGUAAUCAACACAAUAUGCAAGAGCUGAAAAUGAUAUUUUGCAAGAACUGAUGUAGUAGUUGGUCCACAAGGCUGUGUAGUUUUAGAUAAGUGCUCAUUGAAAUUCAUGGGAACUUUAUGUUGAUCCUUAAGAAUAUUGUAUCCAUAAUUCUUUUCCACUUCAAACAACUUCUGUAUAGUGAAGGAAUUUGCAUGUUUUUAAUGAGCGUUGUUCAAUUUUAAGAAUGGGAAAUACAGACAUAGCAACUUUGCACAUUUUAUGUUGUUAGCUGAAUGGUUUCCAUUGUUCAUGAGCUUUUGUUUUCUUACCGUUAAAUUACACUAGAAUUUACUUGGUCUGUUUUCCAGACCAUAGCAAUAAAUAGAGAGGAAAAUCCCCUACCUAAGAGAAGAUGUUUUUGUGUUCACAUUCUGGUUUUAAAAGCUAAAAAGCUUUAAAGUAGUAUACAAUUAUAAAACCUUUAUAGUUGCCAUUUAAGAGUUUAGAUUUAGAAAAUGACUAAAAGCUGCUAGUUCUCAACAUCGACUGUUCUGCCUCGGUUCAUGGAACAACACAAUAUUCUAUGCAGUCAUUGAAUACCAGGUAGAUUGGAAGACUUUCACUGGAUUAAGUAGAACAUGUUUAGUGUUAGGAAACUAAUCCUCUCAAGGUCAAUGGAGGUUUCUUUCUCAGUUGUCAUCCUCUCAAAGCCCAUGUAAAUAAGUUUUACUACUGGCCUUCUGGGUUUAAUUUUUUUCAAACAGGUUGUUCAUUGUUGACUGGCAUGGCAGGCCCAGGUCUCCUGUUGUUGGCUCACCUGCAAUGUACAUUCUACCAUGUUGUUAAAUCCCAACUCUAAGCACCAAAGGGAUAAAAAAAAGAAUGUUACAUUGAUUUAGAAAAAGCAGAAACCUUUUAUAAUAGAAAUCUGUCCAAAAUGCUGCUUGUAUAGGAUUUGUCACUUUUGUAAUAAAAUUAUUUUAAAACACAAAAACUCCAAUCUCACACUUGAUGCCACUAUAUAAGAUUUCAUUUAAACUACCUCUUGAUAUGAAACUCAACUUUAGUCCAUUUUGAUAGGGUUUCCUCACUAUAAUGUUAGUUAUGAUUGUGGUGACUGCCAAAUUUUCAAGUGUGUUGUCUCACCAAAAAUGUAAUAUUUGGGUGUGUAUGUUUAUGUACUCACUUGUGGUCUUUUGACCUCUAUAGUUUAGUUCUACAAACCUGUAGCUGUUGGACAGAAAUUAAAUCAACACACAACACACAAACCAUUGGGCUAUAUCAACUAUAUAGCCUACUCGGUUAUAUCAGCUAUAUAUGUCACGUUGGCAACUGGCUUCUGUUAACAUUUAUGUGCCAUAAAUUAGCCUCUAUUUCCAGAACUCUAGACAAGAAGUUGACAAAUGCUAUUAUGCUAUAUGGAUGUGUGCCACAAAUUGUACUGUCCUGUUGGCCUCUUUAAAAUGGUUGGUUUCUUAUGGUUGCAGAUGUGAAUAUUGUGCAUAAUAUUGAUUGAUUUUUCUGUAUAAUUGUAUAAAUUAGAAUUGGAAAAUUUCUGUGCGUACUUUGUAUUUACAGGAGAUGUACUAAGGUAGCCUUACCUACAUAACAUUGAACUUCUUUCUCAAUUGGACCCUUCCAUUCACAUUAUCUGUAGAUAGUCUUGCAUGGCAAUUUUUAUCAGUUGGAUUCUCUUAAAUCCUCCUUUCAGUGGUGUGUUUAUGACUUGUAGUCAUGUAGUUGUGCCUUACGUUGUGAAAGAGUUUAGUUCAGUAUGCACAGUAAUGCCUAAACUCUGCAUUUGGAAAGUAAUGAAAGCUGGAGAGCAAGAAAAUGACACCACGUAUCAACUAAUUCUGUAUGAAAUACAUGGGUGGAUACUUGUGAAAAUGUUACUUUUGUAUUCUAAUCUGUUAUUGGGCUGAAAAUAAAAUUAGACAUUUCUAAUAGAUCAUUUUCAGUGACUAAUUUGCUGUACUUUUGCUUACAUA